AUGGAGGAGCUACUGGCCCCGCUGCCGCCGCACUGGGUGCCUGUCCCUGCACCCCAAACGGCUGCUUCCCUUUCGGCCGCCUCGUCCGACCAAAAACCAGCAACGGCGACGUCAACGACGGCGUCGACGACGGCCUCGGUGGCCACGACGUCGGCUUCCGCCUCUACUGCCAUUCCGCCUAUCCUCCUCGCUACGACCCGUCAGCCGGCUCCGUGCCGGACUACCGAGCCGCCACCGGCGCCGUUUGCCCCGCCCUUUGUCCUGCCCAAGGCCGUUCCUCUCUCGGCCCCACCAUCGGCUGAGGACUUGCUCGCUGAGGACCCGUCCGCCGAUGCUGACUUGAAGGCCAGUGGCGAAGUGGUCGAGGACAGCGGGGACUCGUCGUCGAGCGACUCGUCGAGCUCGGCCUCGGGCUCGGGCACGUCGAGCUCGGGCUCGGGGUCAUCGUCGAGCUCCGACUCGAGCUCCGACUCGAGUUCGGGCGACGGAGGCAAGGAGGAGAAAACUGCGCCGGCAGCGCCACCGGCAAAGCGGCGCCAGUCGCUGGCGCAAAACUCCAGCUCGAUGGUCGACAUGGCGGUCCAGCUGGCGCAGUCGACGCUCAAGGCGGCAGCGCCGGCGCUCGAUCGUCCUGUGCCGCUCAAGACAGCACCCGCGCCCGAGGGCUACUCGCCUGCACGUGAGCUGGCGAACCGGGCGCUCGACGUGGCCACCCGCGAGUGGAUAACGGCCGGGCCCGAGUGCGAUGCCGUCGUCUACAAGGGCCUCCGCCCGCUCAUGGUGGACGCGCUCGACGACCCGCAGUUUGCACUCCUCCCACCGGACCAGGAGCACCACGUGGCGCCGACACCGGAAGUGGCCACCGACGACAACGCGAACGACUCUGACCUUGCUGAUGCUGUUCCGGUCGAGCUCCCGCCCAAGGGCGACAAGCCAAGCUCGACGCUGGAGCCUCCGGCUCCGCUCAUCCGGCUGUCGCGAGCGGUGACGUUUGUGCCCGACGCGGUGGCGCACCCGACGCCUAUUGUGGCACACGCUGAGCUUCCGGAGCAGCUCCACGAGAACGCUGGCGCGCUCUUUCUCCACCUCAUUGUCCGCGACCUCCGGCUUGGAGUCCACCUCAAUCUGGCAGUCCCGGAGCCGCUCAUCUGCACACUCGCCAUUUACGACACCGCCAGGUUUGAGCGGGUCUCGGAAGACUUCCACUUUGAGCUCAACUCGGACCGUAACCUGGAGACGCUGGGCAUCGAUGCCGAUGGGCUCACCCGGAUCCGGUCUGCGCUCUUCACGGUGAAUAACCGGGCGCCGACGCUCGCGCUUGUUCUCUCGGUCUCGCGGCUCAUCUCCAAGGACGUUUCCGCGGCGUUUGACCUGUACAUGAAGGGCGCCAAGGCGUCGGAGAAGGCUGUCAACAAGCACUUUGCCACAGUCCGCGAAAAGUCGACCCGUAUCCGCGAGUUCUGGACUCCGUUCCUCUGGUCAGCGCUCCCGCUCUUCUCGCGGGCCGGCGAACUGCUGCACUCGGGCAAGGGUCUCGAGUUCUCGGCCUUUGUCCGCGACCGCGGUGACUUUACCGAGGUUACGCUCGCAGAAGCCGUUGAUGAGAUGCUGUUCAAGGACAAGCGGAAGAAGCUCAAGCUCCUGCCCAAGUCUGCGCUGGUCUUUGACCUGCAUGUUGUCGAGCCGACGGCGGUGCCGAACCGGAUGGACGCCAUGGGCGCCCACAUUCGCGAUGCCAGCGACGUUGCCGACGGCGGCUCCCAGGCGGAAGCGGGCGCGUCAUCGUCGUCACUUGCUGACCGCGGGAGCCCGCUUUCGACUCCGCGCGAGCCGGUGGCAUUCACCCGCGAGCUCCUCCCGCUGCCGUUCCAGGAGGCACCUCGCCUUGCGGCGUUCCCGUCGAUCAACUUUCGGAACUCGCUGCAGAUCCUGCUGGAGACGCUCGACCUCACGCCGGCGAGCUCCGUUGCUGACGCCAACUUUCGCAACGCGGUGGUCAAGAUCGAGUUCCGGUCAUCAGACGCGGCGCCCGACGAUCCGGAUGGGGUGGUGGCCUCGUGCUGGGGGCACGGCCCGGCGGCGGCGUCGAUGGUGCCGUACGUCUACUCGCGGGUUGUCUACCGCGAGAAAACGCCCGCGUUCAACGACGAGGUGCGCAUCGCGCUACCGGUUGAGCUGACGGCCAAGCACCAUGUGCUCUUCUCGUUCUACCACGUUCUUGUCAAGCCGAAGAAGAAGGAGGCGCGCCGCAUCAUUCUCGGCGGCUACGCGGUGCUCCCGCUGGUCAACCCGGUCUCGGGCGCGCUUCUCCGGCCGGACCACGUGUACACACUCCCGAUUGCAUCGUCGCUUCCAAACAACUACCUCGAGUUCCUCAAGGCCGGCAAGCUGCCAUGGCUUGCCAACAAAGACCCGCUGUUCCGGUUCAAGGUCUCGCUCUCGUCGAACCUCUACCCGACCGACCGCAGCCUUGUGCGGAUCUUUUCACACCCGUCGAGCUCUGCGUCUGUGGGCGAGCUGGUGGCCGGCGUGGGCCGGCUCGACCAGGCUGCUGCCGCCGCCCACUUUGUGGUUCUCGCCGACCGGCUGCUCGAGUACAUGGUUGCGUUUGAGGACGAGGUACUCUGCGACGCCGAUGCGGGCGACGACGAGGCGCUGGCGGCCAAGCUCUCACCGGCAUACGGCUCGGUGGCGGCCUUUAUGGCGCUGCUGCGGCUGGUGGCGGUGACACAGGGCGCGCGCGGGAGUGUUGCAGGAUCAGUCCCCACCCCCGACGGGCGGCUGCCGCUCUUCUCACUCUACCUCCACCAUGCGAGCUUCAACGCCUCGGUCCACACCAUUUUGCUCCGGCUCGCGGGCCUCUUUGCCGAGACUCCUGCGCUCGCCAAGAGCGUUCCUCUGGCAAGCACGGCGUGGUUUGUGCUCGAGCUCGCACUGCGGUCGCUGUUCCUUGCGCGGGCGAGCGCCGAGGCACACUUUGACCUUGCGAGCGAGCCCGAGCUGUUCAAGGCGAUCACGACGUGCAUGCGCGGGCUUGUCCAGCUUGCGCUCACCUCGAACGAGCUCAUUACCUCGCGGUCGCUGCUAGAGCACAUUGCGGUCUUUAUUCGCGACCUGCUCCGGGUGGCCAACCGCUCAGCAGUCCUCCACUGGUUCCAGUACGUGUUUGCGCGGCUCGAGUCGGGUGCGGCCAAGGCUGCCGGAGUGACGACGGCGCUGCAGGUUCAUCUUGUCCGGCUUCGGUUUGACGUCGUCCGCAUUCUCUCGCAGUUUGAGCACUACCUUCCGCUGCUCUUCCGCCAUGGCGAGGCGGUGACAGGCUCGCUUGCGGCGGCGCUGGCGGAUGCGUCGCCGCUUCUGCAGGCUCUCUCACAGACACACUUUGUGUCGACGCUCGCGUCUGCGGCGCUGGUGGGCACGCUCGAGGCGAGCUCGGCGUCGUUUGGCCAGCGGAGUGAUGCAGUGGCGGCCAUGUCGGACGUAUUUGCGCGACUCGAUGCCGACGCGCGGUACCAAUCCAAGGCUGCACGCGAGCACAUCGCCGCGUCGCACUUUGCGCUUGUUGUGCUUCUUGUCUCGUCGUUUGACUCGAUGGCGAGCUGGCGGGCCAAGGCGAGCCUCUCGCAGCAGCGGCAGGUGUACAUGAUGGCGCUGUACGUGCUGCGGCACGUGUCGCGGGCCGACCUCGGCCACUGGCUGGCGGCCGAGUCUACGGGCACGCAGUCGCGGUUCAUCUCGCUGCUGGUGGCGAUUGCCGGAGCAUUUCUCUACAACCCCGAGGCUGACUCUGGCGCCGAGACAGCCGAGUCUGUGGCCAAGGGCUCCAUGCAGGCACUGGAGGCGUUCUACACUGGCGCCGGAGCAGGCACCGGCUCUUCGACGGGCUCAUCGCCGCGGGGUGGCGAGGACAAGUCGGGCUCGCCGGGCACCUCGUCGAGCGGUACCCGGUUCCGACGGUCUGCAACGACAAUGCGGACACACGCGAUCGGGACGCGGUCGUCGCCGCUGCGGUCGUCGGCGCGGGCCAAGGCCGGGACGCGGCGUUACAAGGCCGGUGGAACACUCAAAGGCCUUGACGCCGGCGCGCUGCGGGCAGGACAGGACGGUGCGUCGCCGCGGCUGGCUCCCGAGGUGGAGGCCAAGCGGCAGCGGCUGCUGACCCAGAGCGUGACGGCUGUCAUUGUCGACGUCAUGCGGGUUCUGUUCGAGCUCAACCUGCACGUGGCCAAGCCGCGGGACAAGGGCAGUGUCGAGGCACAGGCCGAGGGAGGCAGCAACGGCGAUGGCGGUAACGGCAGCGAGGGCGGUGACAGCGAGGCAGAGCCUAGCCCCGGCGGGGUGGCCGAAGCCGAGGCGGCCGAGAAGCUGGCGUCUGCCAAGCAAGAGGCGGCGCACUCUGAGGAUGAGCUUGUAGGCAAGAUGCUGGAGGUGUACGUGUCGCUGCUGCGGUCGGCACAGGCCGUAGAGGCGUACAGGGUGAUGUUUGAACAUGUGCGUGUGCUUGUGGCCGAGAACGCCGACGCUAUGUUCGCCAUCCAGAAGCCGUACUGUGCAUCGCUGGCGUCGUCGCUGCUUCCGCUGUGCAACACACGGGUGGACAGCGUCAACUACUCGGCGUACGGCAACAUCCGCAAGUGUGAGACGCAGAUCACGGUGGCGCUGGCGGAGCUCAUUUCGUCAGGCGAGGCUCCGGAAGACACAUACAUCCGCAAAGCGCUUGACGCGAUUGCGCACCUUGCCGAGACGGACGGAGCAAGCGUGCCGAUGGCGGCCAAGUCUGUGCUCACGCUCCGCAAGGGAACGUCGCUCAAGGCAGCGGCGGCAAACGGGCCGUUGACGUUUGGCGAGAUGGUGGUGAGUUUCAAGGAUCUGCUCAUGACGGUCCUCCGCAACACGAUCGAGAUUUCCAUCGAGCAGCGACAGGAGCCCGUGGACGCAGCGCAGCUGGCAGAUCUGUACUAUGGCAUUGUGCGCGGGUACAUGACGGCACCGGAGCUGCGCAUUGCGUGGCUGACCGGCCUCUCCAAGGUCCACGAAAAGUACGAGAACUGGUGCGAGGCGGCGAUCUGCAAGUGCUGGAUCGCAACGACGGUGGCCGAGGCGCUGGCGCAGGACGACCCGUCGUUCCUGUACGACUUUCGGGUCAUGUCACGGAUCGCACCCGAGUACCAGCGAAUCUCGCCAGCGACGCGCGAAGACAUUCUUGGCGGGCUGGCUAACUCGUCGGAGGCGUUUAUGGAGGGCUCUAUCGUGUCGCUGGUCUCUGUGGCGGUCAAGUACUUUGCCAAGGCCUCGUUGUACGAGCUUGUCAACCAGGCAUAUAAGCUGCUCAUUCCGCGGCUGGAGGCGCGCGGGAUGUGGCGGCUCCUCGGCGAGGUCCACUCGCACCUUGUGGAGAUGAUGGGCGAGAUCGAGCGGGUGAACGAUGCACGCGGAACGCGGCAGCUUGGGGCGUACUACCGGGUCGGGUUUUACGGACCGAUGUUCGAGAGCCUCCGGGCUGACGGCGAGGCUGCCGGAGCGACGUCAGACGACUACCUGCGGACGGCGCUCGGCGUCGAGUUUGUGUACAAGGAGGCGCCGUUCACGCACCUGUACACGCUCACGGAGCACCUCUCGUCGAUCUUUGUGACGUCAGGGCGGUUCCCAGAGGGCACGAUCGAGAUCAUCAAGGACUCGCGGCCGAUCGAGGUGGACGACCUCGAGCCCGGCAAGGGCUACAUCCAGAUCACAUCGCUCGAGCCGUAUCUCUCUGCGCGCGAGGCCGCGGAGCGCAAGACCGACUUUGCCACGAUUGCUGGCGUUGACAAGUUCAUUUACGAGACGCCGUUCACCAAGUCAGGCAAGGCGCGCGGGUCGACGAGUCAGCAGUGGAAGCGCAAGACGAUUCUGCGUGUGGCGACGCCGUUCCCGCACCUCCUCAAGCGGUCGCGGGUGGUCGAGUGCACAACGGUGGAGCUUUCGCCGUUGGAGAACGGGGUGGAGGCGAUUGCGUCGCGGGUCGCCGGUCUCAGGACGGCGGUCGGCAAGGGCGAGCUCAAGGUGCUCCUGCAGCUGCUUCAGGGAUCGGUCCUUCUGCAGGUCAACGCGGGCGCCAUCGAGAUUGCCGAGGCCUUCCUCGGGCCCAACGCGCCUAAGGCGGGCGACGACGACGAGCUCAAUCCGAUCCUCCUCGAACGGCUGCGUGUCCAGCUCGGGCUCUUCCUCGACGCGUGCGGCGACGGUCUUGUUAUUUCCAAGUCGCUCAUCUCGCUCGAGCAGGCCCCACUGCAGGAGGAGAUGGAGCGUGGGUACGGGUCGCUCUCAGAGCAGAUGGCGCCGUACCUGCUCGAGCGCGAGGAGCGCGAGGCAUUCUGGGCCGCACGCGCCGAGGCGGAGGCUGCGGCUGCGGCUGCGGCAGCAGCUGCCGCACGCGCCGCAGCCGAGGCGGAAGCCGCAGCUGCGGAGGUUGCAGCUGCAGCUGCCACUGCCGCUGCCGAUGCCGAGGGCGAGGGUGAAGAUGAUGCCGGGACCGAGGCCGAGGGUGAGGCCGAGGGCGAGGGCGAUUCUGAGGCUGGCCAUGAGGCCGAGGGCAAGAGCGAGGGCGAGGGCGAAGGCGAGGGUGAGGCCGAGGACGAGAGUAGCGGUGAGCUGCUUUAA